UAGAAUGUUCCGAGAGAAUGGGAUCUGGAGUCCCUGAAAUAACCACACAAUAUGCGCCCUAUUCUCCCCCAUUUCUUCAUAAUAAAUAACAUCAGAUCAUCAUUUUACUCCUUCUAGCAUUUACACUAUUUCGAUCAACAAAAUGUCCAACGACAAGGAACGAGAAACUCAUGUUUACAUGGCCAAGCUGGCCGAACAAGCCGAGCGUUACGAAGAGAUGGUUGAAUGUAUGAAGAGUGUCGCGAAACUAAACGUCGAACUGACUGUGGAAGAGCGAAACCUGCUUUCAGUUGGGUACAAGAAUGUGAUUGGUGCAAGGAGGGCAUCUUGGCGAAUUAUGUCGUCAAUUGAACAAAAGGAGGAAUCGAAAGGAAACGAAAGCAACGUUUCCUUAAUUAAGGGCUACUGCAAAAAGGUUGAAGAUGAACUCGCCAAAAUCUGCAGCGACAUUCUUGAAAUCAUAGAUAAGCAUCUCAUACCCUCUUCUGGCUCAGGGGAAGCUACUGUUUUUUACCACAAGAUGAAAGGUGACUACUAUAGGUACCUUGCUGAAUUCAAGACGGACCAAGAAAGGAAGGAUGCUGCCGAACAGUCAUUGAAAGGCUACGAGGCGGCUGCUGCUGCUGCAAACACGGAACUCCCUUCAACCCACCCAAUUCGUCUCGGUUUGGCUCUCAACUUCUCAGUGUUUUACUAUGAGAUUAUGAAUUCACCCGAAAGGGCCUGUCAUUUGGCUAAACAAGCUUUUGAUGAGGCAAUUGCUGACCUGGACUCCUUAAGUGAAGAAUCUUACAAAGAUAGCACCUUAAUCAUGCAGCUCUUGAGAGAUAACCUCACUCUUUGGACCUCUGAUUUGCCCGAAGAUGGAGGUGACGAAAACCAGCCCAAGGGUGAAGAAUCAAAACCAGCCGAACCAGAGAAGCCGAAGUGAUGGGAGAUCAAUAUCAAGCCCAGCCCAAGGCGACGACGGCGGGUUGUAGGCGUUGAAGUUCUCGGCAUGUUCCGGCUUUUCUCACAAGUAUUCUUGUUUUGAAAAGUUUGGUAUCUUUUUAUACAAAACCGAAUUAAUCAGUCAACCCAAAACUACAAAAAGAAUCUGGACAAUUUUAUUAAAAAAAAAUCUGCUUGGUUUUUGGAUCUUGUUUGAGUUUUAUUUUGUUGAAUUUACUACUUGUCAUAAGAGCUUUGGCCCAUUCAAUGUUGUGGUCUGGUCCAGAUAUUUGGCUCUGUUUGCCUGUGUUUUCAAGUUGUUGAAAUUUGUUGUUCUCUUUUGCUUGCUCUA